AGUUAGUGACACAUCAGAGGGGCUGGGACUCCCAAAUGAGGUGGUCCCAUCCAGUCCUCCUCCUGGCAUCUUCAUUUUCUCUAAGGACUGAAGCUCUCUUAACAGAAAAUGCGUGGAGUCGCUCAGUAAAUAAGGAUUUUUGUCACUAUGCUGCAAGUGACAGUUGAGUCUGCGAGUGGAAUUCCUAAAAAGAAAAUUGGAAACCCGGAUCCAAUUACUACUGUUCUGUUCAGGGGUGAAAAAAAGAAAACCAAAGCAAUUAAUAAUGAGUUGAAUCCAGUUUGGAAUGAAGUCCUUGGGUUUGAUCUGAAAGGUUCCCCCUUGGAUCCAUCUUCAUAUAUUGAUGUGGUUGUAAAGGACUAUGAAACAUUUGGGAAACAUAAGUUUAUUGGCUCUGCAAAGAUCUCACUGAGAGAUUUGGCCAGCGGUCAAAUGAAGUCCCUGCCAUCUAAAAAUGUGCCCUUGGUUAAUGAGAAACAACAAUGUUUUGGGGCAACCAUUAAUUUGGUCAUUGGGUAUGAGUCACCAGCUGGUCCUGACCUAAACGAUCAAAACGAUGAAAACAUAUCCCACAUGGAAGCUGGAAAUAAUGAGGAUGAUGAUGAUGAUGGAGAGGAUGUCAUGACCAGAACUGAUCAGGUUGAUAAUUCCGGAAUGGCUUCUUCUACAAAACAGCCUGGGAAGCGACCCAUUAAGCCACGCCAUUACAGCAAAAAGAAGCAAAAAAUUCUGGCCAACAAGCCUCAAGACUUCCAGAUUCGCAUUCGUGUAAUAGAGGCUCGUCAACUGCCGGGCAACAACGUAAAGCCAGUGGUAAAAGUAAAUGUUUGUGGACAGACUCACAGAACUAGAAUCAGAAGAGGAAACAACCCUUUCUUUGACCAGAUGUUUUUCUACAAUCUUAACAUGGUGCCUUCUGAGCUCUUUGAAGAGAGCAUCAGUCUCCGAGUUUAUGACUCCUUUUCCCUCAGAGCUGACAGUCUAAUGGGAGAGUUCAAGUUGGACGUUGGCUACAUCUAUAAUGAACCUGGUCAUUCUAUAAUGAGAAAAUGGCUCCUCCUGAGUGAUCUGGAUGAACCGAGCGCAGGGGCUAGAGGAUACCUGAAAGUCAGCAUUAGCAUUCUGGGCACUGGAGCUGAAACAGUGAGUGAAAGAGGGGAGGUUAACGAGGAGCAGGAUGACAUAGAGAGUAAUCUUUUGGUUCCAGCCGGUGUCACAAUGCGAUCGGCCAUUCUGAGACUUAAAGUGUAUCGUGCAGAGGAUAUGCCACAGAUGGAUGAUGCCUUUGUUCAGACAGUGAAGCAAGUAUUUGGAGGGGAUGGAAAUAAGAAGAACUUGGUUGAUCCAUAUUUAGAAGUUAGCUUUGCUGGAAAGAAGCUUUGCACCAAAAUAAUUGAGAAAAAUGCAAACCCAGAGUGGAACCAAGUCCUCAGUCUACAAGUCAAAUUCCCAUCCAUGUGUGAACGCAUCAAGCUGGCCUUGUAUGACUGGGAUCGUCUAAGCAGGGAUGAUGUCAUUGGAACAACGUUUUUGAAUUUGAGCAAAAUUUCAUACUUCGGUGGGGAGAUUGAAGAUGCCAGGACUGAAAUUUCCAACACAGUCUCUGAAUUAAGCCCCUCAGCGUCAGAGGAGGGAUUUCUCCCAGCUUUUGGGCCUUGCUAUAUCAACCUGUACGGAAGCCCCAGAGAGUUCACUGGCCUGCCUGACCCUUAUGACGAGCUCAACUUCGGGAAUGGAGAAGGAGUUGCCUAUAGGGGGAGGGUCCUUGUUGAACUGUCCACAGAGUUGGAUGGUAAGGUUGAUAAGAACGUAGAUGAUAUCUGCAGUGAUGACAUCCUAGUGGCACAGAAAUAUCAGGGCAGGAGGAAAUACUCCCUGUGCACUGUUUUCCACAGUGCAUGCAUGCUCCAAGAGCCAGGUGAGCCAAUCCAGUUCGAGGUUAGCAUGGGUAACUAUGGCAAUAAGUUGGAUUCCUCAUGCAAGCCACUGGCCUCCACCACCCAGUACAGUUUUGCUGUAUUUGAUGGUAAUCACUACUAUUACCUACCCUGGGCCGACACAAAGCCAGUGGUGAUUCUCACGUCAUACUGGGAGGACAUCAGCCACCGCCUGUAUUCUGUUAAUAUUCUCCUCUUUAUUGCUGACCAACUGGAGUCCCAUCUCACAUUGCUGAAAAAAGAAAUCCAGGCCAAAAUGUCUGAGACACGCCUGACAGAGUUUCUGCUCAGACUCAUCAACCAUUUGAUUGACAACAUCAACAACUACCCACUUCCAGCACUGGAAGGUCAGCACAACAUCACAGCCCUCGAUCUCCAAAUUAAAAGUUUACGUGAUGCUGCUUUAGUCAGUAUCAGAGAGGCGGCCUGUCAGAUGAGAGAAGAGGCCCUGGAUGUCAAGUCAGCUGUUGGAAACAUUGAAGAGGUGCUGGACAGAAUCAAGCUGCUUGCAGAUGAGGCUCAGAACAGCAUGCCAGAUGUGGUCAUAUGGAUGCUGAGAGGAGAAAAGCGAGUGGCAUAUGCUCGAGUCCCAGUGCACCAGAUCCUGUACUCUAACUACAGUGAGCAAGCAUGUGGCAAACACUGUGGAAAGACUCAAACCAUCUUUAUGAAGUACCCCAUGGACAAAAACAAAGGAGUGAAGAUCCCCGUUCAGUUGUGCAUCAAUAUGUGGCUUGGCCUCGCUGCUCAUGAGCAGAAAUUCAACAGCUUCUCAGAAGGAGACUUCAGUGUGUACGCUGAAACGUAUGAGAACCAGGUUCAGAUGUUUGGGAAGUGGGGAACAACCGGCUUGGUGGGUCGCCACAAGUUCUCAGAUGUGACUGGAAAAAUGAAACUUAAAAAAGAGCACUUUCUGCCUCCACAAGGAUGGGAAUGGGAGGGAGACUGGUUUGUUGACCCAGAGCGAUGCCUGUUGACAGAAGCUGAUGCAGGGCACACAGAGUUCACAGAUGAAGUGUUUCAAAAUGAAGCCCGUCUUCCGGGCGGAGAGUGGAAACCUGCUGCAGAGCCUUACACAGACGUGACUGGAGAAAAAGCUCAGAGUCCUGAAGAGUUUGAAUGUCCACCUGGUUGGAGCUGUGACGAUGGCUGGAGCUGGGAUAUAGACCGAGCUGUUGAUGAGAAAGGUUGGGAAUAUGGAGUUACGAUGCCCCCUGAUGAUAAACCUGAAUCCUGGGUUCCAGCUGAGAAGAUGUACCACAAUCACCGCAGGAGGAGACUAAAACGAAAAAGAAGGAAGAUUUCUGAAAAAGUUGUUGCAGCUAAAACAAGAGAACCAGGGGAAGGCUGGGAAUACUCUUCUCUGAUUGGCUGGAAGUUUCACAGAAAGGAGCGUUCCUCUGACACUUUUCGGCGCCGGCACUGGAGGAGAAAGAUGGUCCCUUCAGACUGCAUAGGAGCCUCAGCCAUCUUCAAACUUGAAGGAGCACUGGGGGUUGAUGUUGAGGAAAAGGGCAGUAAAACGGAUGCACCCAAACCGUUUGGUGCCAACACACCCACCAUUUCCUGCCACUUCCGCCGUUCUCACCUUUACCACCUUAGGGUGUAUGUUUACCAAGGGAGAAAUCUCUGUGCAAUGGACAAGGACAGUUUCUCUGAUCCCUAUGCCCAUGUGUCCUUUCUACAUAUGAGCAAGACUACAGAAGUCAUAAGAACCACCCUGAACCCAACCUGGGACCAGACUCUGAUCUUUGAAGACAUUGAAAUCUUUGGAGACCCGCAAAAAAUAGCCUGCAACCCCCCAGAUGUGGUCCUUGAGCUAUAUGACAGCGAUCAAAUGGGCAAGGAUGAACCGAUGGGGCACUGCAUGUGCCCCCCUGUGGUAAAACUCCCAAGUAAAAGCCCAAGUCUGUCUGCCAGUGUGAGACUACAGUGGUUUCCAGUCACCAAAAAAGGUUACAGUGCUGGGGAGGUGCUUGUUGCUGCUGAGCUAAUACUAAAGGAGAAGGGUGAUGAUAGAGUUCUUCCUCUAGUGCCCCCUCGGCGGGGGGAAACACUCUACAUGGUACCUCAGGGAAUCAGACCAGUAGUUCAACUAACUGCUAUUGAGGUUCUGACUUGGGGCUUGAGGAACAUGAAGACCUUCCAGCUGGCCACAGUGUCCUCCCCCAGUCUGAUAGUGGAAUGUGGUGGGGAGAUGGUUCAAACAGCUGUAAUUAAAAACUUCAAAAAGCACCCAAACUUUCCAGGAUCAGUGCUGCUCCUCAAAGUGCUCCUCCCUAAAGAAGAGAUCUACACCCCUCCCAUUGUGCUGAAAGUGAUUGACCAUAGACCGUUUGGCAGAAAACCAGUGGUGGGUCAAUGUACCAUUGACUGCCUGGCGCAUUUCCGCUGUGAUCCAUACCGUCCUAACAAUGAUCUCUGCAUGUCAGCCCAUGUGGAACUGAUAACUGCACCCCAAGGAGAUGUUAUCAUAGACAUUGAUGAGGGAAUCCUUUUAAAAACACAGGAAGAAGAGGCCAUAGACUGGUGGAGUAAGUUCUAUGCCUCUAUUGGGGACCAUGAAAAAUGCGGACCUUACCUGAAACUGAGAUACGAUACACUACAGGUUUACAACACUGAGUUAGAAGAGGUCAAGGAGUUCCAGGGGCUGACUGAUUUCUGCAUCACCUUCAAGCUGUAUCGUGGGAAGACUGGCGAUGAGGAGGAAGAUCCGUCUGUGGUGGGAGAGUUUAAGGGUUCCUUCAGGAUUUAUCCCCUCCCUGAUGACCCAGGGGAACGUGCUCCACCUCUUCAGUUCAGAGAACGCCCUGAGCUCGGACCGCAGGAGUGCUUGGUCAGAAUAUAUGUGGUGCGCGGUAUUGACCUGCAACCCAAAGACACAAAUGGCCUGUGUGACCCAUACAUUAAAAUUACACUUGGGAGAAAAAUGCUUGAUGACAGAGAUAAUUACAAACCCAACACCCUCAAUCCAGAGUUUGGAAAGAUGUUUGAGCUUUCCUGCUUUCUUCCUCUGGAAAAGGAUCUGAAGAUCUCCGUGUAUGAUUUUGAUUUACUGAGCAGAGAUGAAAAAGUUGGUGAGACAAUCAUCGACUUGGAGAACAGAUUCCUAUCUUGUUUCAGAUCCUGUUGUGGGUUGCCACAAACAUACUGUGUGUCUGGAAUAAACCAGUGGAGGGAUCAACUGAGACCUUCCCAGAUUCUCCAAAAUGUGGCUAAGGAAAAAGGCUUUCCUCCUCCACACAUAGAAGAAGAUGGAAAUUAUCUGUCUUUUGCUGGAAAACAGUACAAUUUGCUUGACUUUGAGGCAAACACUGAAAUCCAUCAACACUUAGGACCAGCCAGAGAGAGACUGGCCCUGCAUGUCCUUAGAAAACAGGGAUUUGUACCGGAACAUGUGGAGACCAGAACUUUGUACAGUUCACACCAACCCAAUCUGCCCCAGGGACAGAUUCAAAUGUGGGUAGAUAUUUUCCCCAAGAGUCGGGGUCUGCCUGGGCCUCCAUGUGUCAUUACCCCUCGCAAAGCCAGAAGGUACUUCCUCCGAGUGAUUGUUUGGAACACAACUGAGGUCACUUUGGAUGAAACAAGUAUCACUGGAGAAAACAUGAGUGAUAUCUAUGUUAAAGGAUGGAUGCCAGGAAUGGAAGAGGACAAGCAGAAGACUGAUGUCCAUUACAGAUCUCUGGAUGGGGAUGGACAUUUUAACUGGAGGUUCAUCUUUGGCUUUGACUAUCUGCCUACAGAGCAGCUUUGUGUUGCCUCGAGGAAAGAAAAUUUUUGGAAUCUGGACAAAACCGAGCACAGAUUUCCUCCUAAACUCAUCAUCCAGAUAUGGGACAAUGACAAAUUCUCACUUGAUGACUACCUGGGUUCAGCUGAACUUGACCUGCUCAGUUUGAUGCCCCCUGCCAAGACACCAGAAAAGUGCACUUUGAAGAUGUUGUCCAGACAAAUAGGAUCAGACUCCUCGCUGUUCUCUCGGAAGUCUGUACGGGGAUGGUGGCCAUGUGCGACUGAGAAAGAUGGGAAACAUGUGCUUGGUGGCAAAGUGGAGAUGACUUUGGAAAUCGUGGAAGAAAAGGAAAUGGAGGAAAGACCUGCUGGAAAAGGCAGAGACGAGCCAAACAUGAAUCCCAAACUUGAUCCACCCUACCGCCCUGAUACAUCAUUUUUCUGGUUUACCAAUCCCUGCAAAACCAUGAAGUUCAUUGUGUGGCGCAGAUUCAAGUGGAUCUUCCUAGUUGGGAUUCUGCUUCUGCUGGUCAUCCUAUUCCUUGGAAUCUUGUUCUACUCCCUUCCUAAUUACAUCUCUAUGAAGAUUGUGAAGCCUUUUUCUUAAGAAAUAAAAGUGAUCGAUUUCUGAUGCAAGGUCAUGGAUAACUAGUUAUAAUAUGCAGAAUUUUGCAUAUAAAGCUUUUUUAUGUCACUGUUUUUGCUAAAUGACACAAAAUUAAAUAACUCUCAAGAAACAACAAUGUGCAAAUAUUUUUAAUUUUUUUAUGGGUUUUGUAUACUCUUAAAACUCUUAAUGUUUGAUGUCCUUUCCAUGACUCAAUAAAUUACAGACAUUUACAAAAAUGUUUGCUUCUUUGUCCUCACCUUUGUCACUUUGAGAUCAAAUAUUCCCAAGAUUGCAUUGAUUUUUAGAUUUUUAAAUCAACUUGAUUAAAAAUAUAUUUCUAUGAUUUUUAAAAUGCUCCCAAAACUGCUGAAGUAAAUAUAGGAAAAUAAGAAUGUGAUUUUACCAUAAAUAUGUUGCUCUUCCAGCUAUAAUUCAAAUAGGCCCCAAAUGAAAGGUCCAACAGACAGGAACUGGUCAACAUAAAGAAUUUGACUGAUGCAGGCUUAUAACAAGGUAGCUGGUUUAAGUGAGCCAGACCUGAGCUUCUCCUCUUUGUGCAUGAUAUGUACUUUAAUCUAUAUUAAACUUUUUGAAACUCUAAUUGCCCUGGUUCAUGUCAGUAGAGCAAGAAUGCACCCUGGUGGUACAUUUGAUAAUAUGCUCCAUCUGUUCAUUUUAUCUCUGAAUAAAAUAAUUGAUCCUGA